UGGUCAGUCAGGCUAACUAGCAGGAGGCUACAGAAAUGAAGGGGAGCCUCCGCUAGUGUCCUGCUCGCCCCUUCACAGGGGGGUUUAUGGAGGCGCUCUUCUCUCUUCUGUGUGGAUUUUCGGGCAGGUGCUGGGAAAUAGAGGUGACUUUUCUCCACACAUAAAGCAAUACGGCGUGGCUUGACAGGGGCGAGCUAUUGAUCUGCUGAUAGGAACGGAAGAUGGUAGCCAAACAAAGGAUUCGGAUGGCCAACGAGAAGCACAGCAAAAACAUCACUCAGAGGGGAAACGUAGCUAAGACGCUGCGACCACAAGAAGAGAAAUAUCCAGUCGGGCCGUGGCUUUUGGCACUCUUUGUAUUUGUCGUUUGUGGUUCAGCCAUCUUUCAGAUCAUUCAGAGCAUCCGGAUGGGCAUGUGAGCACCAGUGUGGUCCACGUCUCCUACCUCACGCGUCCACGAGAGCCGAGGCCAUGAGGCACAAUCUGAGGGGAAUCUAGAGGCUUAGGAUUCUGAAUGUGACCGGUUUGCUAAGAAGAUGAGUCCUGUGUACUGUACAUCAUCACCACCCUCCAUCACUUGUUUACAAAUGUACCUGGACAACAGGAACAAGUGCUUUUCUACUGAAACAUUAUGGCCAGCAAUGUCUUAUCAUGGGUCAUAUAUAUGUUUGUGCAAUAGAUAAUGUGCUUUUGUGAUCAUGAACGAUGUGCCAUAAUUGGUUUCUAUAUAUGUCUGUGUAUCGUAACAACUUUUUCAAAUAAAUAUUAUACAUUUGG